AUGAAUGGGAAACGCUCUGGUUCAGCGAAUCGGUGGAUAUCAAGGUUGACUCUUGUCCAGCAUGCAACGACACCAUUUAUAAGCAUUUUCCUUGCUGUCCAUCUUGUGGCGCCAAUCUCCGCUCUCGUUGGUGGUUCUUCGGCUGCAUCUGGCCUGAUGCUUCUGGGGCGCGAGUACUAUCAGACACCACUUGGGGAGCCAUUGCUUGUCUGGAUCCCGAUGGGCUUGCAUGUAUGCGCAUCCAUGUUGAAACGGGCCUUGAUCGGCUUUCCAACUAGGCUAAACGCCCUACAAGCCACAUCGAUCUCCCUUGCUUGGUUCUUCAUCCCAAUACACCUUUCAGUGCACCGGUUCAUUCCAUCUUCUCCCAUGCCACCCAUAUCAGAGCUUCGCCCUUCACAGUUGGACUACGAGUACGUCAAAACUGGUAUCCACGUUUGGCCGCUCACUAGUUGGUUUUUAUAUGCGGGACUUGUUGUCUCAAUGGCCAUUCAUGCGCUGGAUGGAGGAUUAUUAAUGUAUCGCAGUCGGUUCCCGACGCCGGAACCCCCAAAAGGUAGCAAGACUCUAGGGGGACUAGCUGAACUCGGACCAAAAGCAGUCGCUGUUGCAAUAGUACUUAGUGUGCUGGGCGGAGUUAGCGUUUUGAGUACCGAAGCUUCCUAUGCUACUAGCGCACUCGCCGCUCGCAUCCAAGCAUCGUACCUUCAGUCAUUCUUCUUUAGGUGGACUGCGCGAUAAAUACUGAGUCGGAGAACAGGAAGAAGCUGUAUGUAGAUAGUAUAAAACUAUGAUAAUACGUACUUAGAGAUAACU